AUGCAACCGCUCAGGCUCACACCCACUGAACACCGGGACCAAAAAAAACAAGGCGAUGUGUGGAGCAGCUGCGCAGUCCACUCUUCUUCGGAUCCGCCAGAUCGCCCAUUGGAAAACUGCGGAAUCUCUGAAAACGGAGGCGUGACCCAAGAGAUCUCAACGUUCUCAAAUUGUUUAUGA